GUUCGACCGGUGGGAUGACGCUGGAUAUUGUUGGAGGGAUUGCCACGUUCGCGGUCUCGUGGCUGCUUUUUAUCGCGAUGUUGGCACCUUUCGUAGCUGAUAUGAUGCUAGUGGUAUACCGAGACAUGCGAUUCUCCUUUAAGCUUCUCGCUUCUUUGGUCAAAGAGAUGGAAUACCUCAAAGCCGCGCCGAUAUCAACCGACGAGGUCCAAGCAGCCUACAUUACAGCAGGUUAUCUCGUUGUCAUCGCUGCACUUUUCGCACUAGUUCGCACUUGGGCGAGCUGGGCUAACCUGGCACUCUGGAACCCGACGCAGAUAGUACUGAAUCCCGUGAAUACCACUAAUAACGGGAAAUCAUCUAAGAAAGGCGCGGGAGGCGUAAAAUACGAAGCGCUCGCACUAGAAGAUGGUACAAUCUCGGUCGAAGAUAAAUCUACAGUCAAGCUGAAUGAAACACCGACUAUGCGCUACCAAGCCCUACGUGUUGCCGUCGUCAUCCUGGGCCUUGUGAUUCUACCGGCGAUUGCAGUGGCAGUGCGUAGUGUCUGCUCCCCACUCGUAGCAUACGCGGCGUUGAACGUGACGCUGAACGAGUUGCUUCUCCACAAGUUUGAACCUGCUCCUAUCGAAGUGGAUCUUACGAAUCUAAUCGGUAAUAAACCGUGGGUGGAGAAGUUUAUCCACAAGUCUGAAAAGCACGAGCGGUUUGGAGACGAUACGAUGUUCAGACGCACCACAGGAUUUAGUGGAGACCUCGCGUUCAACGUCAGCAUCGACAACGACAACCCGCCGAAUGUUUUACUCAUUGGCGUUGAAUCUUUCCGGUAUCGCGACUCACGCUACCUCGUGGGAGAAGAAGACCCUUCUAACUUGUUCAAAGGUACAAAUUUGACAAUAACUCCGAAUUUUGACAGAUGGGCGAAGCGUGGCGUUGCAAUGCGCAAUAUUUGGUCCAGUAUCCCCACGAGCCGGUCACUGGAGAGCGCUUUAUUCGCUCAAGUUCCUUACCACAGCAACACGCAGAGUGGAGUCACAGGAGGGAAAACAGAAACCAAGCUUUCUGGAUUACCGCAAUUAUUCUCUGAAAAGGGAUAUGAAACGUAUUUUACGACGGGAUCGACGUUGGAAUUUGAUAACUGGAAUAUCUUUCUGCCAUCGCAUGGCUUCGAUUACGUGUGGGACGCCAGGAAGAUGAAGAGGAUGGCGCAACAGAGUCUCAAUAUCAGUCGCGAGGAUUGGGACGGCAUCGAACACCGAGGGUUUGGCUGGGGUGUUCACGACGACCUCAGUUUUAAACUUUUAGGCGACUUUUUACUGAAAAGGAGGGCCCAGCAGAUCCAGAAAACGGCGCAAGGAGAACCCAAAAUGCCCAUGUUUAUCACACACUACACCAUUACGAGUCAUGAGCCCUAUAAAUCCUGGCCGAGGUGGUACCAAGAGUCUGCCAAACCGGAUUUUUCGGCCAUGUAUGAAGGCGAACAACACGCAGACAGGAUCGAAAGAUACAUGAAAGCGAGGUAUUUUACCGAUAUGGAGCUCGGUAAAUUCAUGGACCGCAUGGAGAAGGAAGGAUUCCUGAAUGACACCAUCGUUGUCAUCUUUGGAGACCACGGUCAAGCACCAGAGAUUGACAACUCUAACCUACACGAGGAAUCGGUAACACGAGUGCCAGCCACUAUCAUUGCUGAAGGUCGACUAGGUGAUGCCGUGGGGCUUGUGAUAAACGAUGUAGCAGAGCAGUACGAUCUUCUCAACACUCUCGCCGACAUUACUGGCUUACCGAACGGAGGAUUCCAGCAGAAUGGCGUUGGACGGUCACUGAAGCGGAAAGCUACUGACAAGCGUGUGGUGUUCAGUAAUGACCCGCUGCGCAAGAUGGCGAUUGUGCGCGGACAACAGCGUCUCCGUUACGAUGAAGUUACGGAAUCAAUGAUGCUGCACGAUACGGAAUUGGAUUUCCACAUGACCACGGAUCUGUUACCUUUCCUCAAGCCGGAAGAACGUGCUGAGUGGGAAGCAUUGCGAGAGGAUGGCCGUCUCAUUACCGCCUACUACAAGAAGCGGUGGGACGAGAACUGCCUGCUCUCUGUAAAGUGCGAUGCCCAACUGUAACGCUGUACAUGCUAGAGUUCCGAUCAAUGAAGUACAUAAUCCAUAUCCUUAGUAUCUACUACCUACUACGUAGUAUUAAGCUGUUACGUCGAAGCAGGGAAUUACAGAGCGAACUUAC